CGUGUGUUUUUGAAGAGAGCGCGCGCCAAGUUUUUAGUUACGCGUCGGAACGGAUCCGUUGAAUAGCCGCCAAAGCGCGCUUAGAUGCAGCAACAGCCAACUUGGCCAAGAAGAGCCGAUCAGCCAACAGCGACGGUUUUAGCCCCCUCACAAGAAACGGCAACAAAUAACCGAUAUUCGCAAAGAAAUAUACAAAGGAACAUAUAAAAAACAUAAACAAACUUUUCUCGGUAAAUAUCACAAAGUAUAAGUGAAAAACAAAUCAAACUUUUCUUCCCCAUUUAACUAAAUAAUAAAACACAAACCAAUUCCCAAAACAGUGCUCAUAUGAUAUCAACUUUCAACGCUCGUUAAGUGCUCAUAGAAAUCAAACAAAAUACAAAUCCAAUAAGGCAAAGCAAAGCGUUUUUAAAACACAAACAAAUCUGGCAACGAUUGCGCCAUAAAGUUUUGAAAUCCUAAGCUACUUAUUUCUCUUGCAUACUUCAAAUCAAACAAGCUCCAUUCUUUGUAGCAUCAAAGCAUUGGAUGCACUAUAAGUAUCUUAUCAAUGAAUGGAAAGCAACAACACACGUCAACAUAAACUAGUGAUAUCCAUAGAAAAGUGUUCGUCAAACAGAUUCGGUUACGAAACAGCUCAAGAUCAUAAAAGUCAACAAAUUCAACAUUUUAUGGCAGUUCGGAAAGUGGAAAUCAUAAGCGACAAAAACAAACCAUAAACAUAUAUUAUCCACAUAAUUCGGUAGUAUAUUCCGCAUAUAUGCUGCCAUCGAAUAUUUGAUUCCAAACGCCGGAAAUCGGGAAAUUCAAAGGAAAUGCAGAACUUUUCGAGCACAACGCAUCAACAACUUCUCACCACCACCAGUUCCAGCACCAAUAGUUCCAGCACCACCCAGUCCGCCCGCCGGCUUGAGGGCCACAGAUUGAGGCGCCAAGGAAGCCCCACUCCAUCUGCGAUAUGAUGGAACGUCUGUCCACGCACCUGUCGCUCACCGGCCUAUCGCUAGCUCAUCCCCUGCAAACUCACCUGGGUUCCGGCGGCGGAACGCACCACCUUGGUCAACUGGCGGCGGCGGUGCAUCAGCAACAGCAGCAGCAGCAGCAACAAUCCGACCAGGGUCUCGGCCACUCGCACCACCUGCACGGUCAGCAAUUGUCGCUGAACCACCAGCACCACCAUCCCCACCAGUCGCCGCAGCAUCAGCAGCAGCACCAGCACCACCCGUGCAGCAGCAACAGCAGCAACGGAUCCCCGAACGGCUCCACCGGCCUGGGCCUGCAUCCCCACUCGGCGCUCCACCUGGCGCACCACCACUCGCAGCUGCAUCAGCACCACCCGGCGGGUCAGCAGCAGCAGCAGCACAGCCAGCCGCCGGUCUCCUCCUCCUCGGCCUCCUCGCACCACAGCCAGUCGCAGGCGCUGAGCCACCAGCCGCACAGCAACGGCAGCUCCCAGCUGGGCGGUGGUUCGGCCAGUGGUGCGGGCUCAGUGCCCGGCGGUGCAGCCAACAGCCACCACAGUGCUCCAGCCUCCAGCAGCGUGAUGGCCGCCGCAGCAGCCGCCCACCUGCACCACAAUUCGCAGGCAUCGCCCAUCAGCAAUCUGCACCAGAACAUGGGCAGCCUCAUGAACAGCGGAAGCAGCGCGAGCGAUGUCUUCUUCAGCCUGAUGAUCCAGAACACAACAAAGCGCCAAAACGAGGAGCACAUAAAACGUCCAAUGAACGCUUUCAUGGUCUGGUCCAGGCUGCAGCGGCGCAAGAUAGCUCAGGAUAAUCCUAAGAUGCACAAUUCCGAGAUUUCCAAAAGGCUGGGUGCCGAGUGGAAGUUGCUCACCGAGGAGGAGAAACGUCCGUUCAUCGAUGAGGCCAAGCGAUUGAGGGCCAUGCACAUGAAGGAGCAUCCGGACUACAAGUACAGACCGCGCCGAAAGCCAAAAGCCCUGAGACGCGAUGGCUAUCCCUAUCCAAUGCCAUAUCCAUCUGUGCCCGUGGAGGCGUUAAGGGCGGGCAUUACGCCCGGUUACUUUGCGCCCGGUCCCACAGCGGCUGCCUAUCACCUGGGCAGCCAUCUCGGCCAGACAUCGACGCCAACCACGACGCAGGCCACCCUCUCCGGCCAGAUGGACAAGUUCGCCCUGGAGCGCAGCUCGUAUCUGAGCAACUCCUCGCAGGCGAGUGCCUACAGCGCCUACUUGGACCCCAGUGUGCUGACCAAGGCGUAUUUCGACUCCAAGAUGUACCAGGAUCGGGCGGCCAACUAUGCCUUCGACAUAUCCAAGAUUUAUGGUGCGCAGCAGCAUGCAGCAGCCCACCACCAGCAGCAACAGCAGCAGCAGCAGCAGCAGCAACAGCAGCAGCAACAGCAGCAACAGCUGCUGCUCAGCGGGGGCGGGGGCAGUGGCGGGGGCGGCAGUGCCAGCUCGCACAACAACAACAGCAGCAGCGGACUGGAUGACCGCGAUGCCACGCCCCAAUUGGAGGCGGUGGAGUCCAAGCCGCAUCUGCACUCGCCCAGCGAUGUGGGUGUGGGUCUGGACUAUGCCCAAUAUGCCCAGCAAUAUGGCGGUCAGUUGGCAUCGGCAGCGGCAGCGGGUGGUGCAGUGGGUGGUGGGGCCGUUGGCGCUGCCGGGGGCUCGGCGGGCGGUGGGGGUGGUGGCGCCACCGCCGCGGACUUUCGGCGACCGCUAACGGUGAUCUUCUGACCACCAUCUUCCAAUGGCAGCGAGGAGUUGAACUUGUCCAUGACCUAGGAGCAGGAAAGGGGAUCACUCCUUUUCCGUUCGCAAUUCUGAUCAGGUUUAUCCGAAUCGGGCAGAAGUAUCAUGCAUUUUCCCGAAAGUGUUUAACCUUUCUCUGUAAAAGAACAUCAGAUAUUCAGUUUAUUAUGGGUGCAACUUCAGCCGAUUUGUGAGCCUCACCACUUCAUCAGAAUUUCCAACGCGAAGCGAGUGGAAAAGUCCCCAAAAGGAUAUAACGAAAAGGGUAACACGAAUAUAACCGAAAAUGCGAGAUUAAAGUUAAACGUAGCCAACAUUUACAUUUAAGUCUCCAGUUGUAAACUAAAGUUAAGCUUUGUUAAAAUAGAGCAAGCGGCAGAGUGAAGAGGUGACCGAGAGAUAGGAUAUGAAAAUCAGUUCAGAGAGGCAAAAUCACUUGGGGAAACAACUUGGGGAAGGAGAAAAUUUCAACAAAUUGAAACAACAACGAGCGGUGCAAUUUUUUAUGUUUUAAACGCAGAUCGAAGUGCAUAGCAUAAAUUUAAAAUUAAAUUUAAAUGUAUUUAAAUUCUACACUAGACACACACAAAACACAGCAAAAUACACACAAAAUAUAUACAUCAGAAACCAG